AUGUUUCGGAAGAACAGGAUCCCCGAUAAGGGCCAAGCCGAACCGCAUCCGGGCGACAGCUCCGCCGACCACUACGACGACCAUGAGUCUGGGAACUUGCGCUACCAUGCACACGGAUCACAAAACGAUGUUAGUGAUACCGGCCUCAUUGACCCCGACUCUGGGGUCAAAAGAGGCCUCAAAAAUAGGCAUUUAUCUAUGAUGGCCUUGGCCGGCAUCAUUGGACCCGGCCUGCUGGUUGGCGCUGGUGGCGCAUUGAACAGUGGUGGGCCGGCUUCUUUGAUAAUUGGCUUUGGUGUUAUUGGCAUCAUCGCCUUUGCCAUCAUGCAAUCCCUCGGCGAAGUGACAACAUUGUUUCCAGGAGGAGGCUCUUUUGUGUCCCUGGCAGAGCGCAUGGUCGAUAAAUCCUUUUCCGUUGCUGUGGGCUGGAACUAUUUCAUUAUUUGGGCCGCCGUCCUGGCCAACGAAUACAACGUCAUCUGCAGCAUCCUCACAUAUUGGGCUCCCCAAGUCCCGUUGUGGGGGUUCUUCCUAAUCCUCUGGUUUCUCUUCACAGCCUUUCAGCUUCUUGGAGUGGAGGCUUUUGGCGAAGCCGAAUUCUGGCUGGCUCUCUUCAAGAUCCUGGGUCUGACGGCAUACUUCAUCUUCUCGAUUGUGUACGCCGCUGGUGGAUUGAUUGGUCAAACGGAACCGCUUGGCUUCAGGUAUUGGAAUGAUCCUGGGGCCUUCAACGGAAACGGCUUCAGAGGUGUGGCGGUAGUUUUUGUCUUUUGUUCUACAUUCUACGCUGGUAUCGAGUCCGUCGCUGUUGCAGCAACAGAAACAAGAAACCCUGGCGUAGCUGUUCCACAAGCGAUCCGUCAGGUCUUUUGGCGAAUCAUUUUUGUAUACAUGGGAUCAGCACUCUUCUUUGGCAUCACCUGUCCUGCCAACGCAGAAGGACUUGUCAAUGGCGGCGCCAAGGCUCUGCAGAGUCCCAUGACUAUCGCAAUUCAAACCGCAGGUUGGGACGGAGGAGUUCAUCUUAUAAACGCUUUCAUUCUCAUCACCUGCUUGUCGGCCAUCAACUCGUCGAUUUACAUUGGAUCCCGCACCAUCUUGUACAUGGCUCAGUCCGGCAAGGCACCCAGGUUUAUUGGAUGGACCGACAAGCGUGGCGUUCCAAUCUGGGCCAUCGUCCUCACCAAUGCUGUCGGCUCUAUAUCGAUGAUGAACGUCUCCACCGGUGCGUCAAAAGCAUACGGAUACAUUGUGAACCUCUCAGGUGUCAGUACCUUCCUCGUAUGGGGAAGCAUCAGCUUCAUCCAUAUCCGCUUUCGUCGGGCUUGGACUGCUCAAAACCGAAGUUUGAGCGAGAUUCCAUACAAGAGCAUGUUUUACCCGUAUAUUGCAUACUUUGGACUCGCAGCCAACAUAUUCCUUGCUCUGGUCCAGGGAUGGACGACAUUGUCGCCCUUCAAUGCCGGCAAUUUCGUUGAUGCUUAUAUUCUACUGCCGUUAUUUGGCAUAAUAUACGUUGUGUGCAAGAUAUACUGGAGGGGCAAGGACAAUUUCAAGCGAAGUUGGGAAAUCGACCUCGACAGUGGUAGGAGAACCGAUUUGGAUGACAAGGGAAUUGUGCCCGGCGAUGAAGGUUUCGUCCAGGGCCAAAGGGUUUCUAUAUGGAAAAAGAUUUGGAAUUCACUUUGA